GAAUGCUGUUCUUGAACUUUGUAGAAGUUUGCUCUUUAAAGUUGUCUGGAUGUGAGCACUCCUCCACUGCAAUGAAAAAUAUUGUUUUUGCUUUGCUGGUUGUGGCUGUGGCUUGCAGCGCAGAUGAUAAAAUCAUUGGAGGUUAUGAAUGUCCUGCAAACUCCCAGCCCUGGCAGAUCUACCUUACUUAUGAUAAUGGGCAACGAUGGUGUGGAGCAUCUCUAAUUGAUGAAAGAUGGGCUGUUUCUGCUGCCCACUGCUACGUUUCAGCUUCUCGUCUGACUGUCCACCUGGGAGAGCACAAUGUGUACACUCAAGAAGGCACAGAGCAGCGGGUUGGGGCAGAGAAAGUGAUUCCUCACCCGAAAUAUAACGAUUAUACGUAUGACAAUGAUUUCAUGCUGAUCAAGUUGAAAGAGCCUGCCGUCUUCAACCAGUAUGUGCAGCCAAUCCCUCUGGCAACCAGCUGCUCUUUUGCCGGAGAGCAGUGCUUGGUUUCUGGAUGGGGCAAUCAGAUCACCACUGGAGUUGACUAUGCUGAUAAACUGCAGUGUUUGGAUUUGCCUGUACUGUCAAGGGCACAGUGUGAGAGUGCGUAUGGAUGGCAGAUAACUAAUAACAUGUUCUGUGCUGGAUUCAUGGAUGGAGGCAAAGACUCAUGUCAGGGUGAUUCUGGUGGUCCUGUAGUGUGUAAUGGGGAACUGCGAGGAGUUGUUUCUUGGGGCUAUGGCUGUGCUCAAAGAGGCUAUCCUGGGGUUUAUGCUGAGGUGUGCAGCUACACCGAUUGGGUCCAGUCCACCAUAGCUAACAAUUAACUACUUGUUCAGCUUAGUUGGACCUUUUGAUUACAGGAUAACAUUUCUGAAAUACCCAUAAUUAAAUUCAGCUUGGAACAAAUAAAA